GUAAGCAACUAUGCCGCAAAAUGAGUAUAUGGAACGCCACCGUAAGUUGUACGGUAGGCGGCUUGAUUAUGACGUGCGUAAACGCAAAAAGGAAGCACGUCUUCCUAAAGACAGAGCACGUAAAGCGCGCAAGCUGCGGGGCAUUAAAGCCAAACUAUUCCAAAAGGAACGCCGCAAUGAAAAGAUUCAAAUGAAAAAGAAGAUUCAAGCCCAUGAAGAAAAGAAAGUCAAGAAACAAGAGGAAAAAGUGGAAGAAGGAGCUCUUCCGCAUUAUCUUCUUGACAGAGGCGUCCAGUCGUCUGCAAAGGUCUUGUCUAAUAUGCUAAAGCAGAAACGGAAGGAAAAAGCUGGAAAGUGGGACGUACCUAUUCCAAAAGUUCGUGCGCAGUCAGAUGCAGAAGUUUUCAAAGUUCUAAAGACGGGAAAAACCAAGCGAAAGGCCUGGAAACGUAUGAUUACCAAAGUAACAUUCGUCGGCGAAAACUUCACACGAAAACCACCAAAGUUUGAACGCUUUAUCAGACCGAUGGCGCUUCGCUUAAAGAAGGCACAUGUCACACACCCCGAACUAAAAGCCACUUUUCAUCUGCCUAUCAUUGGAGUGAAAAAGAAUCCAAGCUCCCCAAUGUUUACUUCCCUUGGAGUUAUUACAAAAGGUACCGUAAUAGAAGUGAAUAUCUCGGAACUGGGCUUGGUUACACAGACUGGCAAAGUUGUUUGGGGUAAAUACGCGCAGGUUACAAAUAACCCGGAAAAUGAUGGAGUUAUAAAUGCUGUGCUUCUAGUAUAAACAUUCAUUUUGGAAAACGUACAUUUAAUAAUUUUGUAAUUAGUUGUAGCAGCAAUAUUUUCGUAAAUAUAUCAUGAUCAGUGGCCUGCGCAAA